UUCUUACUUUAUUAAUACUGGUAACACUUGACUCUGAUAUUCACAACCAUUUGCCUAUAUAUAUACUGCUUCUACUUCCUCAAACAUCACAUUCACAAAUUGCAGUGCCUCUUCGACAUUCCAUUUUUUGAACCUCACAUUUUUUCUGUACCUAGCUCAGAGCGAGUCUUGAUCACCACUGUUGCUUAGCUUUAUUUACAUCUCUCUACCUACCCGAUAAUUUCCUCUCAAUUAGCUAAAUUACACAAUGUGGAAGCUCAAGGUUGCUGAAGGCCAUGGACCAUGGUUGUAUAGCACCAACAAUUUUGUCGGUAGGCAAAUUUGGGAGUUCGACCCUGAAGCCGGGACUCCAGAGGAGCGAGCAGAAGUUGAGAAAGCUCGAGAGGAUUACAUAAAAAAUCGGGGAAAUCAAUCUGGAGCUGAACCCUGCGGUGAUGUCAUAAUGCGAAUGCAGCUCAAGAAAGAAAGCGGAAUUGAUCUAAGCAUACCACCAGUGAGAAUAGGAGACGAUGAAGAAAUAACCUAUGAAGCUGCCACAACUGCUUUGAGGAAAGCAGUUCGAUUGAAUCGUGCAAUCCAAGCAAGUGAUGGGCACUGGGCAGCUGAAAAUGCAGGCCCAAUGUUUUUCACUCCUCCUCUGAUCAUUAUCCUAUACAUCAGUGGAGCAAUAAACCGUGUCUUAACAGCAGAGCACAAGAAGGAGAUGAUUCGUUACAUUUACAACCAUCAAAACGAUGAUGGCGGAUGGGGAUUCUACAUAGAGGGCCACAGCACCAUGAUUGGCUCGGCACUUAGCUAUAUUGCAUUGCGUUUGCUAGGUGAAGGGCCUGAUGAUGGAGAAAACGGGGCAGUUUCAAAAGCCCAGAAGUGGAUUCUUGAUCAUGGCGGUGCAACAGGGAUACCCUCUUGGGGAAAGACAUAUCUUUCGGUUCUUGGUGUGUAUGAGUGGGCAGGCUGCAACCCAUUACCGCCAGAAUUUUGGCUUUUCCCUUCAGUUUUGCCUUAUCAUCCAGCAAAAAUGUGGUGUUACUGUCGGACCACUUACAUGCCCAUGUCAUACUUAUAUGGGAGAAAAUUUGUCGGACCAAUCACCGAUCUUGUAAAAUCGUUGAGACAAGAACUUCACCCCAAGCCAUAUGAUGAGAUAGAUUGGAAUAAAGCACGCCACGAAUGUUGCGAGGAGGAUGUCUACUACCCUCAUACCUUUGUACAAGAUUUGCUUUGGGAUACUCUACAUUACGUCAGUGAGCCGGUUAUAAAGCACUGGCCCUUCAACAAGAUAAGAGAGAGAGCACUUGACAAAGCAAUCAAGUACAUGCGUUAUGGAGCUGAGGAGAGUAGAUACAUCACAAUAGGAUGUGUUGAGAAGAGUUUACAAAUGAUGGCAUGGUAUGCACAUGACCCCAAUUGUGACGAGUUCAAGUAUCACCUAGCCAGAGUUCCUGAUUACCUAUGGCUAGCAGAAGAUGGAAUGAAAAUGCAGAGUUUUGGUAGUCAGAUAUGGGACAGUACUCUUGCGACACAAGCUAUUAUUGCCAGCAAUCUUGCUGAUGAAUAUGGAGAUUCUCUUAAAAAAGCACACUUUUAUGUAAAAGAAUCACAGAUCAAAGAAAAUCCAACCGGAGAUUUCAAAAGUAUGUAUCGUCACUUUACUAAAGGAGCAUGGACUUUCUCUGAUCAAGAUCAAGGUUGGGUUGUCUCAGACUGCACAGCCGAAUCACUGAAGUGUCUACUAUUACUUUCACAAAUGCCACCAGAAAUUGCUGGAGAAAAAGCUGAUGUUCAGCGAUUAUAUGAAGCUGUGAACGUUCUUCUCUACUUACAAUCUCCCGAAAGUGGAGGUUUCGCUAUUUGGGAGCCAGCAAUUCCACAACCAUACAUGCAGGUGUUGAAUCCUUCAGAACUUUUUGCCGAUAUAGUUGUUGAGCAAGAGCAUGUUGAAUGCACUGCAUCUAUAGUACAAGCCCUAGUACUGUUCAAACGUUUACAUCCGGGGCAUAGGGAGAAAGAAAUAGAGAUUUCCGUGGCAAAAGCAUUACGUUUUCUUGAAGAGAGACAACGGCCAGAAGGUUCUUGGUAUGGCUAUUGGGGAAUUUGCUUCGUCUAUGGCACAUUUUUCGUGCUAGGAGGGUUGGCUUCUGCUGGCAAGACAUAUAACAACAGCCCAGCAGUCCGCAAAGCUGUUCAAUUUUUGCUUUCGGUACAAAAUGAAGAGGGUGGUUGGGGAGAGGAUUUGGAGUCAUGCCCAAGUAUGAAAUACACGCCUUUGGAAGGAAACAGGACGAACUUAGUACAAACAGCAUGGGGUAUGCUAGGUCUUAUCUAUGGUGGACAGGCUCAAAGAGAUCCAACACCUUUGCAUAAAGCAGCAAAAUUAUUGAUUAAUGCACAGUUAGAUGAUGGGGAUUUUCCACAACAGGAAAUUACUGGAGUCUACAUGAAGAAUUGUAUGCUGCAUUAUCCACAAUACAGAAACAUUUUUCCGCUGUGGGCACUUGGAGAAUAUCGCAAACGUGUCCAGCUACCUUCCCAAAAGCUCUAAAACACAGAUGUAUAGUCCAACACAAUGUGAAUGUAUGCAUCAAUUACAAAAGUCAUUUUAAAAAUGUAUUGAAAUGAGAAGGUCCAACACUAUUAUAAGAGUGGAAAUUCCACUGUAUUUUUGUAAUUCUAAAUUCCUUUUGUAUUAUCAAGUCAAUAGUAAAGAUUAAUGGUUAUUUAUUUUUCUAAUGAAGGUAAAAUUACCUCACAAGACUCUCAGACAUUUGCUUAAUUUGCACUUAAUGCACUUAUAGAACCAUGGGACUCUAAAAAGCCACUCCCAA